UCUCUUUCAAGUUUUCUCCUCUCUUUCUCUCUCGAGUCUCGCGUUCUGGGGAGAGAGAAAUUCUAAUAAAUAUUUUAUAAGAAAAAAGAACUAAAAAGAAGGAACCGAAUCUCACCUGAGAAGCUGCAGCAGAAGUUUUUGAACCGUCGAGGCUAUCCCCGUACGACCUCCGUGUUUCUGCCAUGACCGUGUUCUCCGUCAAGCAGGUGGUCCCGGUGGACUGUGAGGCUGAGGUCUCGCAGCGGCUCCUCGAAGCUUCUCUCUCCGGCGAUCUUAAAUCGGCACUCGAGUGCAUCGCCGAUUCCUUCGUCGAUAUCAACUUCGUCGGCGCGGUUUCCUUGAAAUGUAGAAAGAGUGUGGUCGUUUUGCGCGACGAAUCGCCUUGUGAAGUUUGCGUCGACUAUGAAGAGUUUAAAACUGACGUUACAGCUUUGUUCAUAGCCGUUCAUGUUGGAAAUGUGGCUCUCGUAAAGAAAUUGCUGAGCACAGGUGCUGACGUGAACCAGAAACUCUUCAGGGGCUUCGCGACAACAGCAGCAGUGAGAGAGGGCCGCCUUGAGAUUUUGGAGAUUUUACUUAAAGCUGGAGCAUCUCAGCCAGCUUGUGAGGAGGCUUUAUUGGAGGCAAGCUGUCAUGGGCAGGCAAGGCUAGUGGAACUGCUCAUGUGCUCUGAUUUGAUUAGGCCCCAUGUUGCCGUGCAUGCACUUGUCACUGCAUGCUGCAGGGGAUUUGCGGACAUUGUAGAUACUCUGAUAAAGCAUGGUGUGGAUGUCAAUGCGACUGAUAGAUUGCUGCUGUUGUCAUCAAAACCUUCUUUGCACACAAAUGUCGACUGUACUGCACUUGUUGCUGCUGUUGUCAGUAGGCAGGUUGCUGUUGUUCAUAUGCUGCUAAAGAAUGGUGCCAGGACAGAUGUAAAAGUGAAGCUCGGAGCAUGGUCAUGGGACACAACUACUGGAGAAGAGUUCCGAGUGGGUGCAGGACUAGCUGAGCCCUAUGCCAUUGCCUGGUGUGCAGUGGAGUAUUUUGAAACUACGGGUGCUAUAUUGCACAUGCUUCUCCAACAUCUCUCCCCAAACAUUACUCUCAAUGGAAGAACACUCCUUCACCAUGCCAUUCUCUGUGGUAAUGCUGGAGCUGUCAAUGUGCUCCUGAGUUCUGGUGCCAAUGUGGAGUUCUCUGUCAAAAGUCGGAAAACUGAGUUCCGACCUAUACACAUGGCUGCCCGUUUAGGCUUACCAACCAUCCUUAAAUGUCUAAUAAACUCAGGUUGCGAUAUAAAUUCCAGGACAGACGCAGGUGACACAGCUUUGAUGACAAGUGCAAAAUACAGACAAGAAGAGAGUCUGAGAGUGUUGGCCGUGGCUGGAGCUGAUUUUGGCUUGCUUAAUGUUGCUGGUCGAUCUGUGUGUUCAGUUGCUGAGAAAAACAGGUGGUUCCUUGGUUUUCAGAAAACAGUGCUUGAUGUGAUUAGGGCUGGAAUGAUACCCACAUCAAGCAAUACUUCCAUGUUUUCUCCUCUAACCUUUGUAACUCAAGCUGGUGACAUAGAGGCCUUAAAGGUGUUGCUUAAUUGUGGAGAGAUUGACCUUGAUUAUCAAGAUAAUGAUGGUUUCUCAGCAGUUAUGUUUGCUGCUCUAAAGGGUCAUGUUGAAGCAUUCCGAUUGCUGGUCUAUGCAGGGGCUGAUGUAAAGCUGUGUAACAAAGCUGGUGAAACGGCUCUCACCUUAUCUAAAAUGAACCAGAAUCACGAUCUCUUUGAGAAAGUGAUGCUUGAAUUUGCACUUGAAAAGGGUAAUCGCAAUGCAUGUGGGUUCUAUGCAUUACAUUGUGCUGCUCGUCGCGGAGACUUGGAUGCUGUCAAAUUGUUGACAAGCAGAGGUUACGAUGUUAAUCUCCCUGAUGGGGAUGGCUACACUCCUCUCAUGUUAGCAGCAAAGGAGGGCCAUGGGUCUACCUGUGAACUUUUGAUUUCAUAUGGAGCAGAGUGCGAAUUUAUGAAUUUUAGAGGUGAAACAGCACUGUCACUUGCAAGAAAAUAUGGUGGUAUGACUAAUGGUGCUGUAAAUGCGAUACUAGAUGAACUAGCUCGCGAACUGGUUUUAGGAGGUUCCCAUGUACAGAAGCACAGAAAGAGAGGCAAAGGAGCACCACAUGGGAAGGAGUUGAUAAUGAUAGGAAGCACAGGAGUGCUUCGAUGGGGUAUGUCAAAUCGUCGGAAUGUUAUUUGCCGGGAGGUAGAAUUAGGUCCUAGCCCAGUGUUUCAGAAAAAUAGAAAAAACAAGGGCGACGCAAAUGCACCUGGAAUUUUUCGGGUGUUGACUACCAAGAACAAAGAGUUGCACUUCGAAUGCAAUGGUGGGCUGGAAAUGGCUGAGCUGUGGGUAAGAGGCAUCAAACUGGUGACAAGGACGGCCAUAUGAUCUUGAACGCAGGCUGAAGACUUGUAUUGCGAUGUCUUACUUUGGAAGUAUAUAUAGAUGUUUUAGAGUACUUCAUCUCGAAGUAGUUUGAACUGUUGUAAAGGUUUUGAUCCCUGGAAGCUGUAAAUGCUUUUUCUCAUCCGAAGUAAAUUUGGUAUGACUCGAUUGUUGUACAGACUUCAUGGUAGCUGUCCCAUGCACCCACCUAUAUCAUUUCACUCAACUUUCGAGAGCA